GCGGUGUUGCAGUCAUACUACCAAUAGGCGGGACUGUGGCUCUGCAGUGUGUUUGAGCUGCACAGCUGGAACACUAGAAGACUGGCACGCGUUCCAGCUGCGAGCAGAUAACUGAGCUCGGCUGCCUCCGCUGCACCAACACGCAUCACAUCCACAACGUGCUUCCGAGUGCGCCACUCGAGAACUUGAAGACAGCCGCAUGGCCCGUUCACAGCAGCAGCAUUAACCCCCCGAGGUCGGACCCCAGUUGUUUAUCAUCUGAUGACUUCUUGCGGGCUCCCAUCUUUGCCGACUCACUCGGUCGCCGAACCGACUUUGUGAGUUCGACAGUGUUACGGUGAUGUAACGCUUCCCAUAUCAGAGCUCACUCCACAACUGUUGUCACUCCAGCCUCUCCUCUCAGAGCAUGGGACGCUUCAAACUCUAAAGUGAGAGCCAACAGAUUCAAACCACAGAGAGGUAAACGAGGGGGAAAACCGAGAGGACAGCUACGAUGGAGUCCAUAUUAUCGGAACAGUCUGCCACUGUGGACGAGCUGGUGGAAGCCUGCAUCAAAGCUUUUGAUGAGAAGGGCACUUUGAAGGAUGCAUCCUUGGUCCGCAUGUUCCUCAUGAUGCACCCUUGGUAUAUCCCUUCAACUGACCUGGCCAAGAAGCUUGUGCUGAAAUCUCAAGAGGAUGGCUGCACCGAUGAGCGCCGAACAAAAAUAUGCCACCUCGUCAAGUACUGGAUUUCUGAGUUUCCCGCAGAGUUCAAUCUGAACCCGGAGCUGGCAGACCAGAUCAAAGACUAUAAAGACCUCUUGACCACUGAGGGCAAUGAGAGGCAGAGUCAGCUCAUUGACUUGGACAGCGUGCCGUCAUAUAAAUGGAAGCGGCAGGUGACCCAGCGUGUCCCAUCUGUGUCCAAAAAGAGGAAAAUGUCCCUGCUGUUUGAUCACCUCGACUCCUGUGAACUGGCUGAACACCUGACCUAUCUGGAAUACAAAUCCUUCUGCAAGAUCCUGUUUCAGGACUACCACAGCUUUGUGAUGCAUGGCUGCACGGUGGAUAACCCCAUCUUAGAGCGCUUCAUCACGCUCUUUAACAGCGUCUCACAAUGGAUCCAGCUUAUGGUGCUCAGCAAGCCCACCGCCCCGCAGAGAGCUGCUGUUAUCUCCCAUUUCAUCCGAGUGGCACAGAAGCUGCUACAGUUGCAGAACUUCAAUACACUCAUGGCGGUAGUGGGCGGCCUCAGCAACAGCUCCAUCUCUCGUCUCAAAGACACGCAGGCCCACAUCAGUGCAGAGACCAACAAGGUUUUUAACAACUUAAUUGAACUGGUGACAUCAUGUGGCAACUACAGUCAGUACCGCAAGCGUUUUUCUGAAUGCUCCGGCUUCCGGUUCCCAAUUCUUGGCGUGCACCUGAAAGACCUGAUAGCCGUGCAUGUGGCACUGCCAGACUGGGCCGACAAAGAGAAGACACGAGUCAACCUGGCAAAAACCCAGCAGCUGUACGCUAUCCUUCAAGAGCUGGCGCUCAUCCAGGCCACGCCACCUAACGUCGAUGCCAACACAGACCUGCUCAACUUACUUACAGUGUCUCUGGACCAAUACCACACAGAAGAGGAGAUCUAUCAGAUGUCUUUACAGAGGGAACCACGCAAGCCAGUGCAGAACUCCAGCCCUGCCCCCGCACCUGAUCCCAAGCCCAGUAUGAUUGAUGAGUGGGCCGUUUCAGUGAAGCCCAGCGCUGACCCCACGAUCAUCAAGAAACACAUAGAGAAGAUGGUGGAAUCAGUCUUCAAGAACUUUGACACAGAUGGCGAUGGCAACAUCUCCAGGGAUGAAUUUGAAGCAAUCAGGAACAACUUUCCAUACCUCAGCAAGUUUGGAGAACUGGACAAGAACCAAGACGGGAAGAUCAGCAGGGAGGAGAUGAUAGACUACUUUAUGAAAGCCAGCUCUCUGCUGAACUGCAAGAUGGGUUUCAUCCACACUUUUACUGAGACCACCUAUGUCAAGCCAACGUUCUGUGAACACUGUGCUGGCUUUAUCUGGGGAUUUUACAAGCAAGGCUACAAAUGUAAAGCCUGCGGGGUCAACUGCCAUAAGGCCUGCCGAAGCCGGCUGGCUGUUGAGUGCCGGAAGAGGACCAAGAGCAUCAGCCAUGAAGCGCCGCCAGCUCUCCAGGCCAGAUCCUACAGCUUCCCUCCUCCUGCUAACACCCCACCCAGCCUGCAGAACACUGUAAUUGCUGAGGAGGAUAUAGAGGCAGUGGAGGAAGGAGUAUUUGAUGUCCAUCUAUAACCAGAAUCCCUCCUACGGUCGGUGUUCGAGAAGCCAAAUCAGCCCCUUUCGAGAGCGAGGCGGAGAAUGUGCUACAGUGUGUCAGAUUUACAACCCGCAGCGCUGAGGAGAAAUUGCACUGAACACGAUCCAGGAUACCUACAUGCUGCCACACGGUGGACACACGCUGCAGCAGCACUCCUCUCUGCCCGACUCACAGGAAUGUGACGACCAGUGUGAACCGAAUGUCUCUGUAUGAUUUCUAUGAAAAAAAAAAAGAUGUGCAUUUUGAUUCUGUGUCGGCCACGAGUGUUACUGUAAAAUACUUACUAAAUACUUACUCUUUCGCUCUCUCUAUAUAUCUAUAUCUAUAUCUAUUUAAAAGAAAAUCCACAAAAUUGUAUUUUCUUGGUGAAAUGUUCACGUCAGUGGAGUUUGUAAAUUUGAGCACACUGCAGAUUGGCGCAGUUGUCUUUUCUUUAAAACAUAAAAGAGGUGCUGUUAUUGCCAAGAAUGUAAAGCUGCCACCCAGACUAAGCUACAGUCUCCUUUAAGUGGGAAGCUCAACUUUUUUCCCCCCCUCUCCUUUUGUUUGUUGUUUUGAAAUACAUUUCAGCGGACCAAUAAUAGGACCAAUUUUGAUGUCAGAUAAAAUAUUUGUGGUGCCCGUCUGAAGUGCGAUGACAACGGCAGCAAAGGAAACAGCUGAAAGAACCGUGGCGACGGCUGUAAUUGGGAUGGACUUUAAUUAAUGUUCUGUUCUUCGUCACGUUUACCUGAAUAUCAGUAACUAUAGUUAUUGCGGUUGGUGUUAUUUUCAGUAUAGAGUACUGUCUUGUACCAGUGCAGUGACAGAUGACCCAUCCUCCUGCAGUACUGUGAAUGUAGCAGAAACAGGAAUGCUGCUGUCACAUGAAGAAGCCCAUUUUUCUUUCCCAGUAAAUGCGUUGAGAGCAUUAAAGAAAAAAUAAAUGAAAUAAUCAAAAGAACAAGAUUAGAACUGGAGCCGUUUUUAUUUGACAGCAGCUUCUAAAAACAUUUUCCUGAGAAGUUUCCAUGCAAGUUGUAUUUUCGCUGUUUAUAAUCUGCAUGCUUCUUCCUUCUUCCUCGUAUUCUCCUGACAGAUAUUUUUUUUCUAUUUUUAAAUUUGUAAUUGUGUUUUUUUUUACGUAGCACGCCAACUUUUCGUUUAUUUAGCAAGUAUGAUGUCUUGAAAUUCCACACAGAGGAAAUGUUUCUGUCUCUUGGUGCCUGUGGAGAGAUGACUUCAGACUUUGAGUGGCGUUUGCUUCAACUGCCAGUUUGUCGCUGAAUGAGGCUCCUCAGUUUGCUGGUAUUUAUUUUUUUGGUAAAAAAAACAAAGAAAAAAACGAAUAUGCCUGUCCUGUGCCACUCCUUGCCUGACGAUUGGAUGUUUGCUGUUAUUCGGAACGAUGUCAUGCUAUUCCUCGUGGUCUGUUUCUACAUGAUUCCUCAGUAUUAAAUGCAGCAGGCAUCUUUCUAAUAUGUGUUCUUGUUAUGAGAUUCUGUGACUAAUAAUAAGAAUAAUGAUACUAACAGUAAAAUUUGUCUUGCUUUAGUCCUCUUUUCACUUUGUAUGCUGAAUCAAAGGUGUAUUCACAUAAAUCUUUCUCUUCUUUUACUUGAGCAGGGAACACUUUAAAUUAAAGAUGGUUGAUUUUA